AUGAUAGUUGAAAGUAACAACCUAGAGAUUGAUGAGGGAUAUGAUGUUAUAUAUGAUGAAGUAAAAUUAGAAGAUUUUGAGUUUGAUGAAACGAUUAAAACCUUUUUUUAUCCAUGCCCAUGUGGAGAUAUUUUUGAAGUAACCCUAGAAGGAAUUUUAAAAGGCCAAGAUAUUUUAAGAUGUCCAAGCUGUUCUUUAACCAUUAAAAUAAUAUACAGUCAGAGCGAUUUAAGGAAGUAUGCUUCAAAUCCGUGA